GCUGAUCUGCGACAGAGUUUUGUUUUGGGGGGAAGUGAGUUACAUGUGCGCGAUAUCGCGACGGUGCUCUUAAUGUAAAGGUUAUGGAGUAUGAAAAUAUUUAGUGUGUUAUUCAAGCAGAUAACUACCACUAUGGAGAAAUUAUCUGGUGAAAGUUUAGUAGACUACAUUAUUAAUAGUAAUAAAGUAGCAAUUUUUAGCAAGACAACAUGCCCUUACUGCAAGCAGGUGAAAUCAUUGAUGGAAUCCUUAAGUGAACCUUACUUUGCAUUUGAACUGGAUCAAACCCAAGAUGGACCAGCCCUUCAGAAUAUUUUGGCUGAGAAAACUCAGCAGAGAACAGUCCCAAAUGUAUUUAUAAGAGGAAUGCAUGUUGGAGGGUGCAGUGAUGUUCUAACUGCAUACAGAACUGGGGCUUUGAGGGAUAUGCUUGAUGGCAUCUAUGAAAAAUGCGAGUAUGACUUGGUGGUAAUUGGAGGUGGAUCAGGUGGCAUCGCUGCAGCCAAGGAGGCUGCAGCGCUUGGACGGAAAGUAGCAGUAUGCGAUUUCGUCAAACCUUCACCCAUGGGAACAACAUGGGGUCUUGGAGGUACAUGUGUUAAUGUGGGUUGUAUCCCCAAAAAACUUAUGCAUAGAGCAGCCCUUCUUGGACAUGACAUAAAAGAAGGCCCAGCAUUUGGUUGGAGAGUGUCUACAGACAUAACCCACGAUUGGGGAAAACUCGUGGAAGAAGUCCAGAACUACAUCAAGUCUCUGAAUUUUAACUAUCGAAAAGAAUUAAGAACUAAUAAAAUCACUUACCAUAAUGCUUUUGCUGAAUUUGAGGAUGCUCAUCGUAUCAAGAUGCAAAAUAUUAAAAACGAAGUCUCAACUCUCACGGCUCAGAAUUUUGUAAUAGCUGUCGGUGGCCGUCCACAUUAUCCUAAUAUUCCUGGUGCGAAGGAGUAUGCUAUAACAUCUGAUGAUGUUUUCUCUCUGAGGUACAAUCCUGGGAAGACAGUAAUAGUUGGUGCAUCGUACAUCGCACUUGAGUGUGCUGGCUUCUUAGCUGGAUUUGGUCUAGAUGUAACUGUCCUGGUACGAUCUAUACUGCUGAGAGGCUUUGAUCAACAAAUGGCUGAAAUGAUUGGAAGCCACAUGGAAUCCCAAGGAGUAAAAUUUAUCAGAGGGUGUGUCCCUACCGGCAUUGAAAAGAUUGAAGACGGUGCUCCACCAGUUUUAAAGGUUCAUGCAGUAAAAGGUGAAAAACGAGAAUCAGUUGAGAUAGUGUGUAAUACCGUUCUGUUUGCAACUGGACGGAAUGCAUGCACUAGCAACAUGGGCUUAGAUAAGAUUGGAAUAGCACUGAAUAAGUCGAAUGGAAAAAUUUUAGUUGAUGAGUAUGAACGCACAUCAGUCAACAAUAUAUUUGCAAUUGGAGAUGUAAUUGAUGGAAAACCAGAGUUAACACCAGUAGCCAUUCAAGCUGGGAAGUUAUUGAGUAAGAGAUUGUUCAGUGGAGAAAUGACAAAGAUGGACUACACAUUUGUCCCAACAACAGUGUUUACUCCACUGGAAUAUGGUUGUGUGGGUUUCUCAGAAGAACAUGCUAUUGAUGAAUAUGACAAAGAAAAUAUUGAAGUGUAUCACACUCACUUCAAUGCAGUAGAAAAUGCCCUAUCAAAUAGGGAUGAAGGCAAACCAUACAUUAAAAUAAUAUGCUUGAAGAGUGAUGAGAAUCGAAUUAUUGGCUUCCACAUAUUGGGACCAAAUGCUGGUGAAAUUACUCAGGGCUUCGGACUUGGUUUAAAACUUGGUGCAAAGCUGAAAGAUUUACAUAAUCUUGUGGGAAUUCAUCCAACAUGCGCUGAAGUUGCUACAACGCUGUCAAUCACCAAAUCAUCUGGGAAGAGUGUCGACAAGACAUCAUGCUGAAGUUAAAGAUGCUGCCACAUAGUAAUGUGGCAGCAUUUUCUCUGAAGAAUUUCCCAUGGGCUAAAUGAUGAGAAUGAUGGCAUUGUCAUAAACCUCACUGGUGGACAUUGCUUGAUGAAUAUCAUUAAGGGAACCCACAGGAUGUUCUUCUAGAAGACAAUAAAGUAUUAAAUAUGGUUCAGUGAUCAUAAUGAAACCUUGCAUAAUUUCUUGAAAUUACUUGUUAAAAAAGUUUAUUAAAUUGUGCCUUGACAUUUUUUGCACUUUCUGUAAAAAGACCGUGAAUGUGGGAAAUAUGACAUGGAGAGACCUCAUGGCUGUGAAAAUAAUAGGAUUAACACAAACUGAUGCAAAAAUUUGUGGAACUUCCAUUUAAAUCAUAGGUAUAGAUUAGAAUUGGCACUUUAAAGAUUGUUACCUAAUGUAAUUUUUCAUUUUGCUGUGACUACUUUAAUUUUGAUGUCUUAGAUUGAAUACUUUACUUUAACAUUGUUACAAUUUCAUAUGUUCAGAUGAAAUAAAAAGUUCUGAGACUAUAA